CCCUCUCUUUCUCUCUCUAUAACUCAAUCUCUCUCCAAUUUCUUAUAUAAGACAUCUGCAAAUUUCAGAUUCAUUUUUGUUUAAACGUUAUUUAUAUAUAUAAAAGAGCUUAAAGAGCAUAAGGGCUCAGAUCUACUAUCGCCUCUCCCCAAAGACGAGAUUCAGAUUAAUCAUUCAUUAAAUGAAUUCCUCUCAAGUUGUGCCAUUUUUUUCUUUUCUGAGUGAGCCAGAGGGGCUGCCUGAGCAGCAGGUGGAUUGAGCAAUGGAAUCUCUUCCAGAUGCCAUUGUUCAGUACAUAUUGUCACAUAUGAAAAAUGCCAAGGAUGUGGCAGCUUGUAACUGUGUAUCCAAGCGAUGGAAGGACUCGCUACCAUAUAUCAAAAGCCUCUACUUUCCUCGGAACUCUUUUGAUAACCACACUGGCAUAGAUCAUCCUGAUAGCAUUGUGUGGAAGAUGAUAUCAUCAAUUGUCCAAUUAGAGGAACUUGUGGUAUAUAGUCCAUUUUCAGGCACAGGCCUUGCUUCAUGGCUACUACUUGCAGGUCCAUCGCUCAAACAGCUUGAGCUCAGAAUGGAUAAUCUUGCUGAAUAUCACACCUGCCUUGAAAGCCCCUCCAAAUUGGAUUGUAUCAGUGCAGCAAAGAAUUUGGAGUCCUUAAAGCUUUGGGGAGUCCUAAUGACGAAUUCUCCAAUGUGGGAUGCAUUCCUAAAUCUUCAAAACCUUGAAAUUGUUGGUGCUAGAUUGGAAGAUAAAGCAUUAUAUGCUGCCCUUCAGGCAUGUCCUAAUUUGAAAAACUUGCUGCUACUGGGUUGUGAAGGAAUAAGAUCUGUUUCAAUUGAUCUGCCACAUUUGGAACAAUGUAAGCUGGACUUUUAUGGCUUGGGUAAUUGCUCACUUACCCUAACUUGCCCAAAAAUUGAAUUCCUGGAGGUACAAGGUUGUAGUUGGAUUAGGGUUCGUGAGACAAACUGCUUGAAGAAACUUUCAAUUUCCAAUAAUGCUGGGAGAGUCUACAUGGUGGAUUUUGGAAAACUUGCAUCUCUAGAGUUCUUGUCUAUUAGAGGAAUCCAGUGGUGUUGGGAUGCAAUAAGCAAAAUGCUUCAGUGGGCUAGUGAGGUGAAGGAAUUAUACAUGAAAGUAGAGUUUACAGGAGACUUUGACGCCCUUCUGCCCUUUCCGGAGAUUGACUUUGUUGAGUUUUUUAAUAGCCAUCCCAAGCUGCAAAAGUUUGAUAUUCAUGGAGCAAUGUUUGCAGCUCUCUGCCAAAAAAACAGCCUGAAAAAUGUGGAGUCAGGCUUUGUGAUUCCUUGUAUGGAAGAGGUAGUAGUCACAGUCAGAUCACCAUUAAAUGCAGAACAGAAAAUGAGCACCCUUGAGUCACUGUUGAAAUAUGGGAAGAGUAUAAAGUCAAUGGUAAUAAGGAUUCUUCAAAUGAAGAGCAACCAUAGCAGUGCAGAUGAUUUCUUUGAUGAAAUCUGCAGGUUUCAACGCAUGAAUCGCAAGAUUGUUCGAAUAGAAUAAGAAAAGCUCACCUAAUGACCUGCGAGUCACUUAUUUAUGUAACGUUGAUGCACAUCAGUUCUUUCCUUUUUUUUUUUUUUUUUUUUUUUUUUUUUUUUUUUUUUUU